UUUCCCCUUUCAAAAACACACCCCACCCCCCUCUCACACUAUUAAUUUCUCUCUUUUUCUUUAUCUACCAUUCUCGCUACUCUUUCCUUCCUUUUCACCUGAAAAUAAACUCUUUUUUUCUUUCAGGAUUUGAAUUGUAAAGUUGUAUACUCUGCUCUGAAUUUACUCAAAUUGAACAAGGAAAAUUUCAUUUGCCGAGAAAAUGGUUGGACCAAACUUCAUGGAUGAGUUAGACUGCGGCAGCUUCUUUGACCAAAUCGAUGACCUCCUUGAUUUCCCCGUCGACGACGUUGAUACUGCUAACGCCUCCUUGCCGUCCGUCGCCUCCGCCGGAAACUGCAACUCGCUUGCGAGUAUCUGGCCUUCUGAGUCCCACUCAUUUCCUGCCUCCGACUCGGUGUUUUCCGGCAAUAGUGCCUCGGACCUCUCGGCGGAGCUCUCCGUUCCGUAUGAAGACAUUGUUCAAUUGGAGUGGCUAUCGAAUUUUGUGGAGGACUCAUUUUCUGAGGGGAGUCUCACAAUGAAGAAAAUUGAGCAGCAGCCAUCAUCAUGUGCUACAAAGGAGGACUCUGUGCAUAACCAAUUCCAGACAUCAAGUCCAGUUUCUGUCCUUGAAAGCAGCAGUUCCUCCUCUGGUGGAAAGACGACCGGGAUUUACAUCCCUGUGCCUUGUGGACGUGCACGCACCAAGCGUCCACGUCCCGCGACAUUCAACCCUCGUUCGGCCAUGCAGCUCAUUUCCCCUACUUCCUCCUUUGUAGGGGAGAAUAUGCAGCCUAAUGUUAUCUCCACCAAGGCAUCUUUAGAGUUCGAAAACGUUGUUGAGUCUCAAAUUGUGGGCAAGAAACCAAAGCUUGCUUCUGGAGAGUCAAAGAAGAAAAAGAAAAUGAAGAUGCCACUUCCUGCAGCUCCAGCUGACAGCAAUCAGGAUGCUUCACAACCUAUUAGGAAAUGCAUGCAUUGUGAGAUAACCAAGACACCACAAUGGAGGGCAGGGCCAAUGGGGCCAAAAACACUCUGCAAUGCUUGUGGUGUUCGCUACAAGUCGGGCCGACUUUUCCCCGAAUACCGGCCUGCUGCUAGUCCAACAUUUUGUCCAUCGUUGCACUCCAAUUCGCACAAGAAGGUCCUUGAAAUGAGAUGCAAGGAUAUCGAGAACUCCGGUUUCGAAUCCCAUUCAGCUGCAUCACCUGAACUCAUUCCAAACACUAACAACAUUCUCACCUUGGAAUACAUGUGAAGGGAGAAUGAAUGAUCCUAGUUGAAGAUUUCUCUCUCAUUGCCUUCUCUAGAGUCGUGUCUUAUGUUAUUUCUUAUUGAUAUUUUAUUUCUUUUGUUCAUUGGAUUUUGUACAGGGUUGGAAUGGGGGGAAUAGGAGCAAUAGAUUAUGAUGAUGAUGAUCAUUUUUAGCAGUUAGAGGAAGAUUGUAAUGAGAACAGAAGAAAAAGGGUAGAGAUAUGGAAGUCAAAAAGGGUAGGGUCUUUAGGUGUAGUAAUUGUAGGUCACUUAGGUCUUAGGAGUUGGUGUCCCAGUUGUCUCUUUUUCUUUUCUUGGCAUUCUUUUUAUUUUUUCUCUCUUUUUAUAUAUCCCUGUCUAUGGGAAUUCUUUUUGCAGUUUAAUUUGUAGCAAAACUUCUGAGUUGAGUAAGAGACUUUAAGAAUUGCAUUUGCUUUGUUUAAUUUCAA